GACAGCCGCACCGAGUAACCCCCACCGCCUUGUUCAACGCCGCUGCUGUAGCCGUCGCCGCCACCGUCUUCGUCACCGCCUCCGCCGCCAUGUUUGUUGUGUCUCCGGCCCCCUUCCCGCCCCGCUGCCUUUCCCAACUCUCGCGUGAGCAAGGUGUUGGGCGAAAGCAGAGAAGAGGCUGUGUGUCUCUUUUGGGGUUCCGUAGGUACAAGGGGGCGGGACAAGGGAGUGAGACCGAGGACCGUGGGGCGGGGACUAGUGGGCGGGGCUCUGGCACCUGUCCCCCGCACCCGAGGCGUCGGAGCGCAGAGCAGAAGCGCCUACUCAAGGCCUUGCGAAAUUGUCCGAGGUACCAGUCCCGGUGCGCUGAUGGAGGGAUCCGCUGGUCGGCUGCUGCGCGGCAGCGCGCUGCUAAGAACAAACUUCCCAACUUGCCUGUCUUCAUGGAAACAUCCUCCUCGUGUCCUGAAAUCCUCCCAGCCAGCUCCACUCAAAACAACAAAUAAUGGCCUGUCUUACAGCCCCCUGCAGACAUUUACAGAUGAGGAGAUGAUGAUAAAGAACACAGUUAAAAAAUUUGCCCAGGAACAAAUUGCUCCUUUGGUUUCAAAAAUGGAUGAAAAUUCAAAAAUGGAAAAAUCAGUCAUAGAAGGAUUAUUUCAACAAGGGUUGAUGGGUAUUGAAACUGAACCAAAAUAUGGAGGAACAGGAGCUUCAUUUUUUUCCUCUGUCCUGGUGAUAGAGGAAUUAGCCAAGGUUGAUGCAUCUGUGGCUCUGGUAUGUGACCUCCAGAACACAGUAAUUAACGAUCUGAUUGGGAGAUUUGGAACAGAAGCACAGAAGGCUACCUAUUUGACUAAGCUAGCUACGGAACAAUUAGGAAGUUUCUGCCUUUCGGAGCCUUCAGCAGGUAGCGAUUCAUUCUCUUUGAAGACCAGAGCUGACAAAGAUGGAGAUUAUUAUGUCAUCAACGGGUCAAAGAUGUGGAUCACCAGUGCUGAGGAUGCUGGGCUCUUCCUGGUGAUGGCAAAUGUAGACCCUGCCCUUGGGUAUAAAGGAAUUACCUGCUUCUUGGUAGAUCGUGAUACCGAGGGCCUCCGUGUAGGGAAACCGGAGAACAAAUUGGGAAUCAGAGCUUCUUCUACCUGCCCGGUAACACUUGAAAAUGCCAAGGUUCCAGAAGCCAAUAUCGUGGGACAGAUUGGACAUGGCUAUAAGUACGCCAUUCAGAGUCUUAAUAAAGGUAGAAUAGGAAUUGCGGCACAGAUGCUGGGACUGGCUCAAGGAUGUUUUGACCUCACUAUUCCAUACCUUAAAGAAAGGGUACAAUUUGGAAAGAGAAUAUUCGAUUUUCAGGGGCUCCAACACCAAGUGGCUCAUACGGCCACCCAGCUAGAAGCUGCGAGACUGCUCACAUACAACGCUGCUAGACUUCUAGAAGCUGGAAGGCCAUUCAUUAAGGAAGCAUCUAUGGCCAAAUACUAUGCAUCAGAGGUUGCAAUCCAAACAACUAAUAAGUGUAUUGAGUGGAUGGGAGCAGUAGGCUACACCAAAGAUUAUCCUAUGGAAAAGUAUUUCCGAGACGCGAAGAUUGGUACAAUAUAUGAAGGAACGUCCAACAUACAGCUGAACACCAUCGCAAAGAAUGUCAGUAAGGAAUACUGACAGCCUCAGGAGUAGAAACCCUCCUGGUGUCACUGGUGUGAAACUUUCACUCUUGUGCCUUGUUGGGGGCCAUAAAGCCCCAUCUCGUUUUCAUCAAAUGAUUUUAUUCAGGCCCUUAAGUCUUGGAUUUCAAGGUAGACCUUUUCUGUUUUCUCUUUCCAAUCCACUUAAGUUAGGUACAGAAAAUUAUUUUUAAAAUUUGGGAAGUGGAAUUCUCUGGCAGCUCAGCAGGCUAAGGAUCUCGCAUUGUCACUGCUGUGGCUCAGGUCAUUGCUGUGACGUGGGUUUGAUCCCUGGCCCAGGAACUUCCUCAUGCUGGAGGUGCAGUCUAAAACAAACAAAAUUAAAUUUUAAAAAUAAAAUAGAAUAAAAUUUGAGAAGAAAUGCAUCUCUAUUUUCUGAAACUGUUUCUAACAUUCUAUAUGCAUUAUCACUCUAGCUUCAGGUUAUAUAGAAAUUUCACAAUUUCACUCUAUUAGAAUUUGGAAAAAUAGACAAAUAGUUCUUACAGACGGAGAUGUUUUAUAUUUCUGUCAUUGUGCAUCAGAGAAACAUUUUUGAUAGUUGGCAAGUCCAUAGACUACAUAGAUUCAACUCUAAGUUGUUAAACUAGGUAGAAACUGGUAAAACUUUAUUUAGGAAAAAUCUCAAAGUUUUAGUUCUAAAUAUCUGAGGAUGCAUGGAAAUGAGGAAACUAUGACUCAUUUAUAUACUUAAAGAAAACAUUAUAUUUUAACAAAGGAAAGCAAUAUAAUCUGUAAUUACCAUAAUUGAUCGGUUUAAAAGAUGCAUUUCAUGAUGGUUUCAGCAGAUUAUUUUAAAAACAUGUCUCGGGAGUUCCCGUCAUGGUGCAGUGGUUAACGAAUCCGACUAGGAACCAUGAGGUUGCGGGUUCGGUCCCUGCCCUUGCUCAGUGGGUUAACAUCCGGCAUUGCCGUGAGCUGUGGUGUAGGUUGCAGACGCGGCUCGGAUCCCGCGUUGCUGUGGCUCUGGCGUAGGCCGGUUGCUACAGCUCCAAUUGGACCCCUAGCCAGGGAACCUCCGUAUGCCGCGGAAGAGGCCCAAGAAAUAGCAAAAAAAAAAAAAGACAAACAAACAAAAAAAACAAAAAAACAUGUCUGCACAUUAAUUUGCAAGUAAAGUUUAAGUGAUUUGCUUUAUUUUUUAAUUUUUUUUAAUUUUAUUUAUUUUUUUGUCUUUUUGCCUUUUCUGGGGCUGCUCCCGCAGCACAUGGAAGUUCCCAGGCUAGGGGGUCUAAUCGGAGCUGUAGCUGCCGGUCUACACCAGAGCCACAGCCACGCGGGAUCCAAGCCGUGUCUGUGACCUCCACCACAGCUCACGGUAAUGCCCAAUCCUUAACGCACUGAGCAAGGUCAGGGAUCGAACCUGCAACCUCAUGGUUCCUAGUCAGAUUUGUUAACCACUGCGCCACGACGGGAACCCCUAAGUGAUUUGGUUUAAUAAUCAGAAUAUACUCAAUAUUGCAGUACUCAUUUCAUCAACAGUACAAUUUCUUUCUGUAUGUAAAUCGAGUACUGUUUUCUCAAACUGAGUUAUUGGGCUUUAUUUUGGAUGCUAAUUCAGAAAUUGUAUUUUGGUUCAUUGAUUACCCCAGUAAAGAAGAAUGUUGAAAUCUUGUAGGGUGUGAGGGUUAGGAGAUGCAGAGCUGGAAAGGCAUAUUUGGUGAUAUUAAAAAUGACAUCUGGGGAGGCAAAAAUAAAUGUUGUUUUAUAAUCAAAUUACAGAAGGGCAAAGUUCAACACAUCACGUACCUGGCAAUGCCAUUUCUUCAGUAUUAGGGCUUCUCAAUCAGGAGAAGAGACCCCCGCCCCUGCCCCAGGGCACAGGUCCUGCGUCUCCUCAGGAGGGAGGUGGACCUAGAAAUGCUGAAAAUGUUUCAAAACUCAUACAGUUGCUUAAAGUAAUCACUACUGUCAAAUGGGAAGUGCUUUCGUCCUUUCAUGUUUAUUAAGAAAACUUGACAUUUUCAAAGUAAUUUUGCUUUUGCACAUUCAUGUUCAUUGAAUUGGGUUAAUUUCUGUAAUGAAUAUCAUAGUUAAAAGUGCAGAAUUGUGUAAAUACAAUUGAGACAGGAAUGACAUUAAAAUAUUAGGAUGAAGACUGGACAAAUUUAGGUCCUGGAUCAAAGGAGAUAAAAUGUACUUGACUUUCAGAUAGGGAGCUGAGAGAAACCACCCAUUCAGUCUUCCAGAACAAAAGGACAGUAAUCCGCUAAGGAAAGUACAGGAUGGAUGCAGUGCCCUAAGAGGGGUGUGGAUGUCUUUAACUUCUGGGAUUAUGUGAAAGAGGUGUCCUUUUCAGACAGAGUAGAAGCCAAUUUAAUGAAAAGAACUCCAGCUUCCAUCCACAGAGUUACAAACACAAACGUGGAACAGCACGAUGGACCUUGUUCAGACUAGGCGUAUGAGAAAGGCUCCCUCAUACAUCUGGACCUUCAACUUGUACUUCAUACUGAUACAGUUCUAACUGUGUGUGUAUUUUUGUGCAUGCGCAGAAAUAAGUUGAAAAUUACAUAUCAUAGUUAAUAUAUGCACCUACCUUCUUCUGUGAGUGGAUCAUGUUACUGUCCCAUUUAGCCAAGUGGAUGUUGAGGGUUUUCCCUGUAGUUCUUCCACUGUAGCUUUUCUGAAUAACCUGUAACUUUGGGGAUCUCUUGUCCUGAGUUUGUGUCUAGUUUGAGGACAAGCUUGUUUACCUCCUGCAGCCUGUCACCACUGUGUGUUAUUUUGAGGGUAGGGCUGUCACGGGGCUUGGAAGGAAGAGAGCCUUGAACAAGAGCACUAAGUUGUGUUCGUGUGGGCGGCGCUGGACUGUACCACCUGCCAAGUUGGUGUUGUUAGAAAUUUUAUUUUACGGAGUUCCCGUCGUGGCGCAGUGGUUAACGAAUCUGACUAGGAACCAUGAGGUUGCAGGUUCGAUCCCUGGCCUUGCUCAAUGGGUUAAGGAUCCAGCGUUGCUGUGAGCUGUGGUGUAGGUUGCAGACGCGGCUUGGAUCUGGCGUUGCUGUGGCUCUGGCGUAGGCCGGUGGCUACAGCUCUGAUUAGACCCCUAGCCUAGGAACCUCCAUAUGCCGAGGGAGCAGCCCAAGAAAUGGUAAAAAGACAAAAAAACAAAAACAAAAAAACAACAAAAAAAGAAAUUUUAUUUUACAACACCAAACUGAAAAAGUGCCAAAGAUUUUAGAAUUAUGGAACGCCAACUCAAGAAAGACUUUAGAGAGCCAUCCAGCCGACUCUCUGAUUUUAAAAGUGAAGGCCUCGAUUGUUGUACACCUAUACAUGUAAUAAAAAUCGUUAAGUAAUUUAAAAAAUAAAUGAAUAAAAGUGAAAGCUUAGAGUUCCUAGCUUGGUGCAGCAGAAACAAAUCCAACUAGGAACCAUGAGGUUGUAGGUUCAAUCCCUGGCCUUGCUAGUGGGUUAAGGAUCUGGCAUUGCCGUGAGCUGUGGUGUAGGUCGAAGAUGUGGCUUGGAUCUUGUGUGGCUGUGGCUGUGGUGUAGGCCGGCAGCUGUAGCUCUGAUUUUGAUCCCUAGCCUGGGAACCUCCAUAUGCCACAAGUGCGGCCCAAAAAAAAAGCCAAAAAAAAAAGCGAAGGCUUCACACAGCCCAGAAUACUUGCCCAAGGUCAUUCAUCCAGGGGCGAAGAUAAGGAUCCAGAUGAACUGGCUCUCAAUUCAGUGCUCUUCCUCCCCUUUACUGCCGUCUCUGCUCAGCGAAUUUUAGAUUUCAUCCUUGUUAUAUUUCAGUACUCCUUUUGAUUCAUUUUAGUUUGACUGAUAAAGACUUGUUUCAGAAAUGUUAAGAUUGAUCAGCGUCAUUACUGGCAUGUAUUAAUCAUGUACAGAUACACCAGCUCUCCUAGGAUAUAGCUGGUCCGUGAGAUGUAAAGAUCACUGUGUGUGAUCAUUUGGGUUUAUGAUAAUGAUGUGUUUGAGUAAGUGCACGAGUUAUAGCCUUGCUGAUGUAUUUUUGUUCAUCUUCCAUAAAGAGAAACUUGCAAUGGUAACGUAUCGGCUGUAACUGUUAGAAAAUUAAUGUACUCUGGGAAUGACAAAAUAAAGCACUAACAACGGGAGACUUGCUACUCUAAUAAAGUAGAAUUUUUUGGUAUUCA